CUAGGGAGCACUUUUACGCGCCUAAGACUUGAUAAUGGCGCUCAAACUCGAGCGAAAGGUGGAAGUUUAAUCGACGCCCGAUAGUGGAUGUUUCGGAGCCCCAUCGGCACUUGGCUCGGUACGGAGCGACUCGCACGGCAACCCGAUCCGAACGCAGCCACAUACGUCCCGGCAUCGAAGAUCAAGUCAACUUUCAUCUUAGUCUCCUUUUGUCAACUUCACAACAAGUGACUCGUAACUUGAGUUGCCAUCCCCGCCAAAGAAGGAGUCUCAGAUUCCCGCGAGGUAACCUGCGGGCUUGGUUUACAAGCAUAGCCAUCUCAUGGUUGACCAAAAAUCCCAGGCGUCCUCGCCUGGUAGAGUCAAAAGUCUUUUGAAUCCGUUACAAUGGUGGGAAAAGCUUGAUCUCGACUCUCGAAGCUUUCUCAUGAUGCUAAAAGGUGCUUUGGCACCUACUAUCACAAUUGCCAUAUACCAGAGUGAUGCGAUCUCGAACAUCACAACCACGAUUGGCUACCUGUCAGCCUUGAUCUCGGUGCUCUCCCAGGGAUUAAUGCCCCGGGCAAAGUUCAUGAAGAUCAUGUUUUUCGAUUUGCUAGCCACUUGUGUAUCUGCGUCGCUUUGUUGUCUAGCGGUCUUCUGUGCCGUCAAGGCGAGGGAGCAUAACACUCCCACUGACGCAAGCGAUGCUGUACGCAAUGGGUAUAAUAGCGAUGCUUGUGCGGUGGCUGCAGUCUGGCUUAUUUUCAUGAUUUGGGGUGCCAAUGCACUGCGCGCUCUGAAGCCCAUGGAACUGCAAGAUCCAAUGGUUGCUUUUUCGAUUUUCGCUUCAGUAACUAUUACGCGUGCUGGCACAUUUAUCACCCUGUCAGAGGGCCUGGAAUUCAUUUCACGAUUAUUGAAAGGGUUUAUGAUAGGCUUCGCGAUCGCCACCGGCGUGUCUCUUCUCAUAUUUCCCAUCACUAGCCGGGGUGAUGUAUUCCACGACAUCAAAGAAUAUGUGUCGUUGGCUGAGGGAGUGUUACAGGCACAAAUAUCCUUCGCAGAAGGUAGUGCAGCGACCGGUAUGUUUUCAGGGAAGAGACUCCUGCGCCGGUCACGGACCACGAUGAGCACUCGGGAUAUGCAGAGCGAAGGCGACACGAAUCUACAAUCCAAGCAGAAACAGCUGCAGGCAGCGAUGAAUAAGCUCAAUGGCUUGCACAGCAAACUGCAUGCCGAUUUGUUCUACUCCAAGGAGGAGAUCGCGUGGGGCAAACUAUCACCUGAAGACUUGAGUGUGAUGGCUUCGCUUUUCCGAGGUUUGCUUCUUCCGCUCGCUGGAAUGUCCAUGUUGCCGGAGAUAUUGGAAACCAUAAUCGAGAAUGAAGGACCGCGUGACGAUGAUGCCGAGACGGACAGUCUGGAUGGGGCAGGAGAGGAUGCGCUGAAACAAUCGGAGAUCCAGAGAGUAGUGGAAACCCAUCAUGCGCGGCUUGUGGAUGCGACUGAACUUGUCAAGUUGGGACUGGCUCACUUCCUGCUGUCGCUGGAGCUUAUUUCAGCUAAGCAUUUGGAAAAACAAAAAUUGCCGCACCGAGGUGGAUCUCCCGCUAGGGACGAGGAAGCUAGGGGCCAAACUCUUAGUCCUCUUCAGCCAGACUUUGCGUCACACUUUGAGCGCGAUGUGCGCAUUUAUUACUCUCAAAGGAAACAUCUACCAGAGGCGCUGGCUUCGUUAGAGGCAUUCUCGGCUUCUGAGAAAUAUACAGACCAGACGACGCCAGGGUCCAAGCAUCCGAUUCUUACGACUGAUCCUGAUGUACGCCAGGAAUUCUUCCUCAUCCUCUACAUGAGUCAUUUACAGGAUGACCUGCUCAAUGCCACGAUGAAGCUGGUAAAAUUUGCCGACGGGAAGGUAGCUGAUGGAACCAUGCAACGAUCCCGUCUGAUCUUUCCAAGGCAGGGUUCUAUACGGGAGUGGUUCUCACUACGAAGUGAAAAGGAGAAGGAAAAGGAGGAUCUGGAGGGUAGUCGGCAAUCGUCCCAUGUGGACCCGUCAAAUGUCCACCGCGCGUCAAUUUUGACUGGGUUUCCCGAUCCGGAACAUCUACCCCCAGAGAAUAUAUGGGAGAAGGGGAGUAUGGUUCUGCGAACUAUUUCGCAUAUCAUCAGGUCCGAUCAGAGUACCUUUGGGUUCCGAGUAUCGGCAGCAGCAUUUUCCGUGGGAAUCCUCGCCUAUCUACAUCAGACCCAAGACUUUUUCAUUCGUCAGAGAUGUAUUUGGGCUAUGAUUGUCAUUGUCAUCGGCAUGAGUCCGACAAGUGGCCAGACCAUGUUCGGCUUUGUUGCUCGCAUUCUGGCAACUACAGUCUCUCUCGUGCUAAGUCUCAUUGUGUGGUAUAUUGUGGAUGGCAAGACAGCAGGCGUGCUUGUCUUCCUCUUUAUUGCCAAUGCGAUUGCGUAUUAUCCCUAUGUCAAGCUACCACAGUACUUUGGCCCGUCUGUCAUUGCUAUCGUCACGUUGAACGUGAUUGUCGGUUACGAACUGCAGGUUGCCAAAUUGGGAGUGACUGCAGCGGAGUCAAACGAUCAACCGUACUACCCAAUAUAUCUCUUCGGCCCCUACAAACUCGCCGCUGUCGCCGCUGGCUGCGCGAUUUCAUUCUUCUGGGUUAUCUUCCCGUACCCGAUUACCGCGAAAUCCCAGCUACGGAAGCUGCUUGGUCGGAGUCUCUUUGUUCUUGCCAAGUUCUAUAGUGCCAUGCACUCGACGAUAGAGUUGUGGCUCGCAGGCGAAUUAGGCAACACCAAUGAUAUGAGCUCGCCUGCCCAUCACCUUCAAAAAUCGAGACGGACUAUAUUCAAGGAAGAGAUGAUGCUACUCGCUGGCCUGCGCAUGCAUAGUCACUUUAGCACUUUCGAGCCACCCAUCGGCGGCAAAUUUCCCAAGGAAACCUACGACAACAUCAUUUCAGAAAUCCAACGCAUCCUAACAAGUAUGUCGCUGAUGGCACAUACAACGCAGAACCUGGACGCUCUCUCAGUUGAGUCAGAGAAUUCAGGAGACAACAGUGAUAGACCGUGGAUGGCGCAACUCGCCGAGAUUGCUCUGAAGUCUGCCGAUUUCAACUCUCAUCGAAUAACAUCGCUGCUAUGUCACCUCUCGGCAGCGAUUACCAAUGCCCAACCAUUGCCACCUUACCUCUCGACACCCGAAAGCUUCCCACUUGCACGGCAAAUGCAGAAGAUUGAUGACAAGCUACUCAACAUCUCACAUGUCGAAGAUCCAUCCUUCUCUGCUUUUGUCGCCCUGGAAGUUCUAAGGUCUGUUGUCAGUCUUAGUCUGCAGGGUCUCCUUGAUAACAUGCGAAAACUAGUUGGCGAGUUGAACUUUGAUGCUUAUCCACGACAGAAUCCGCGACAUGAGGAGUCGGCUCAUUUGCUACGGACAUCGAGCCAGGAGGAGACACGGCGAGAUUGGUAGCUUCUGCGUUGUUCGAUGUACAUAACAUUUAAAGCUGUUCAUCAAACCUUCAGCAUCAGAGAUUCAUUAGAUUGACGCAAGGUUUUCCUUGAUAUCCAUACGUGUUUCAGCCGGGCAGGCAUAGAUAUAUUCAAAAGAAUGUCCACUACCCAUCACCGCUAUAUGGGCGGCUUUUCAUCAAUCUAAAACCAAGGGUCCCGUCAUCCCUGGUUGAUACUCAACAAUCAUUUUCCAAGACCCUAGAAUUCGAACUCUAACAGCUUUAAUUUAUAAUGCAUGCUCACUUUAUAGCUCUCACGGCACGCGAAAUCAGGUCGAAAUUGUAUUCUCAGAUCUACAAAAGUUUAAACUUCGCCGCAAUUCCCAUACAAACGACCAUAAAAGCCACAAAAACACCCACAAUGCCAAAGAACCACGACAAGCCAGGCGUAUCCUGGCCAGGAACAUAAACGUUCAUCCCAAACAUACCAGUCACCAAAUGGCACGGGACAAAGAUCGUCGCCAGCAGGGUGACCUUACUCAUAGCCGAGUUGAUCGUCAAACCAACUCGCAAAUUGGUUGCACUCAACUGCGCCAGACAAUUACCCUGCGACCGACCAAUAAUCUCAUCGAUAUGCGCCAGCAUUGAUAGCGUCGUUACCAGGUGGUCCUGCACGUCGCCCAGGUACAGCAGUAGAUCACCGUCAGGGAAGAUGGGGAGUUUAUCGGGUGCUUGGCAGCGUUUGACGAAGCCAUUCAGUACGUCAACUUUCCCGUUUAGACAGCGCAUAAUGUGGGUGGUUUUCUUGCGGAGGACGUCGACUUGUGGAAUGAGUUCUUGGACGUCGUCAAUGCGUGCGAUGAAGACUUGAUCUUCAAUGGCUUCGGAUUCGGCCUCGACGGCUCGGGUGAAGGGAUCGAAGCUGUCAACGAUGUCGUCGCUGGUGUUUUGUUAGAUGUGAUCUGAACAGCGUGGCAGUCGCCGUCCGAAUCGAGCCAUCCCCGCUGUAUACUUACAUCAAUGCGUAGCAGAUCCAGUCACUAGACAAGAUGGAAGGAUCAUGCAUUUUGCGAAUUCGAUCCCGGACACGGCUCACAUGGCUGCACUCACUAGGCGAGAACGUGGCCACUCCAUACUGAAAGACGAGGAUGUACAUCACUGCCGAAGAGGGCAUUCCUAGUCGUUCCCCGCUCUCCGUGGCCUGGGAGGCCAGCGUUUGGAAGGAGAUGAGGUAGUAGUUCUUGAAGACCUCGACUUUCUCGCGAGGCUCCCGGAUAGCGAUAUCCUCGGCUGUCAGGGGAUGGAUGGAAAGGGCCUCUGCAAUGAUUCCGACGUCUUCCUCGGUGGCAUCACGGACGUCGACCCACCAGACAGGGCGGGAGGGCUCUGGGCGGGCUUUGUGGCUUUCUUGGAAGAUAUGAUCAUGGUUUCCGUCCGGGAAGAGGGAUACCCAGGACGAGGCCGUGAUAGCUUGCUGGUUAUCCGAAGAGAAGAAGCUGAAGCGGCCAUGUGGUGCCUCCUGGACCGCUGGCCUGUCGGUUCGCGCGUGCGUCUUCAUUUGCACUAUCAUAGGACGGCGUUUCGGUGGGUGAUACGAUGGGCAGAUCGUCGAGAGGAUUCCAUCGGUGAGCGGAUCUCAAGUUUAACGGAUUUAGGCUUCGAAAAAAUGUGAAUGAUGUUCAUCGGUGGAAAAGUUAGAGUGGUUCAACCCAUUCUAGUCAUCAGCCUGGAUGCCUUCUCAAGACGGCAGUGACAAUGCAGAUUGGAAGACUGAUAAACUGCCCAUGAAACUCUGCCAAAGGAGAUACUUGCGAAGCAGAAAUAAAGCAGCAAGGCAGAUAACAACCUUUUCGUUCCAGGGCCUAAACACCCUCGACCAGAACUUGGGAGACCCAAGUUCGGAGACCAACACCAGCGAUCCCCUACCAGCCCUACCCGUUGGCCCGCAUGCUCGGUGGGCCAAGAUGGAGAAAAUAAAACACGUAUCCAAUGGGAUAUCUUAUAGUGACGAUGGCGAAUGACUUGCUGGGUCCUUGGGCGCUGUUGGGAAGGACCUCGGAGGGAAAUGUGGCACCGGAAAAGCGGCUUCGGUUUUGUUCCAG